AUGUAUGGGCAUAUAGAGAAACUAGCAAAGAACGUCGAGGAAGGGGUUAACUCUGUAGAAGGUGUUGAGGCCAAACUAUGGCAGGCAUGUGUUUAUGUACCGGAAACACUGCCAACUGCGGACCUUGAUGAGUUGAGGGCACCACCAAAGAGCAAUGUACCAAUCAUUCAACCCAAUGACCUCUCUGAGGCUGAUGGUUUUAUCUUUGGCUUCCCAACAAGAUUUGGAAUGAUGCCUGCUCAGUUUAAGGCUUUUCUAGACUCUACUGAAAAUCUACGUAAAAGACAAGAGCUUGCAGGCAAACCUGCUGGAAUCAUCACCAGCACCAGCUCCCAAGGUGGUGGACAAGAGAUUACAGUGCUUACUGGUAUCACCCCGCUGGUUCAUCAUGGAAUGAUAUUUGUUCCAUUUGGAAUAGGAUUUACAUACAGCUAUGAGUUCCGGGAUAUGCAGGAAGUGAGAGGUGGAACUCCAUAUGGUGCAGCAACUUAUGCUAGAGGAGACGGGCCAAUAUUCUUGGAGUCGAUGCAUGCGAAAGAGCAUGGCUAUUACUUCGCCCACGUCACAAAGCAGCUCAAGGAAGCUUCUGAAUAA